GAGAACUAUGAGAGCGAUGAGCUCAAACGGGCCUACAAGCGCCGAAGUCUGCAGUACCAUCCCGACAAGCGCGGAGGCUCCGCAGUGGCCUUCCAGCGCGUGGCCGACGCCUACAAGGUCUUGUUGGAUCCCGAACAGCGCAGGAUCUUCGACGAAGGCGCCGACUUCCCUCGAACCGUCCAAAGCGACGGUGCAGAAGGCGCUACCCACAAGCAGGAGGUGGAGAAGAAAUACUUCCCAGCAGCUCGAGAGGUUCGAUUUCGAGCCCUUUGGCGAUCCUCACUCUGA